GGCUUGGCUGGGGCCCCGAAGCCGUCUUGGUUCUCCAAACUUGCACCAAACUCCGGGCCCCCGCCUCCCUGCUCCCCCCACCCAACACACAAAACACAACAAGCUCGGGAGAAGCCUCGGAGCACAGCAGUCGGGGAGACGGACACCACAGCAGCCUCCGCCUGGGCCAGGCUGAUGCAACUCUCCCUUUAAGAAAUCCACCUGGACAGUCCGCGGCCCGCGGGUCUAGGGGCUCGAGCAAGGAAGGACAAGGACCAAGGACCAUGCUCUUGAUGCCAGGGGCCUGAACGGAGCUGGAACCCAAGACCGUGAGUGCUGCCCGGGACUUCAGAGCCCCACACCCACGGCAGCCUGAUUCCCUGGGGUCACCAUGGCAGUCAAGAAUGUCAAAGGGUUACAGAAUGGUGCUGUCCCCAGUGAGGUGGCCAAACGGGACAAGAAUCUCAAACGCGGCAACUGGGGCAACCAGAUUGAGUUUGUGCUGACCAGUGUGGGCUAUGCUGUGGGGUUGGGCAACGUCUGGAGAUUCCCUUAUCUGUGCUACCGCAACGGGGGAGGUGCUUUCAUGUUCCCCUACUUCAUCAUGCUGGUGUUCUGUGGCAUCCCGCUCUUCUUCAUGGAGCUCUCCUUUGGCCAGUUUGCCAGCCAGGGCUGUCUGGGGGUCUGGAGGAUAAGCCCCAUGUUUAAAGGUGUGGGCUACGGCAUGAUGGUGGUGUCCACCUACAUUGGCAUCUACUACAACGUGGUCAUCUGCAUCGCCUUCUACUACUUUUUCUCCUCUAUGACCCCCGUGCUACCCUGGGCGUACUGCAACAACCCCUGGAACACACUCGACUGUGCUGGGGUCCUCGAUGCUGCCAACUUCACCAACAGCUCGGACCCAGCCCACGGGCCCCUCAACCUCUCCCAGCUGCUCAACUACACCCUUAAGAGGACCAGCCCCAGUGAGGAGUACUGGCGGCGCUAUGUGCUGAAGCUGUCAGAUGACAUUGGCAACUUUGGGGAGGUGCGGUUACCCUUGCUUGGGUGCCUCGGAGUGUCCUGGGUGGUCGUCUUCCUCUGCCUCAUCCGUGGCGUCAAGUCCUCAGGGAAAGUGGUCUACUUCACAGCUACAUUUCCCUAUGUGGUGCUGACCAUUCUGUUUGUUCGGGGGGUCACUUUGGAAGGCGCCUUCACAGGUAUUAUGUACUACCUGACGCCACAAUGGGACAAGAUCCUGGAGGCCAAGGUGUGGGGAGAUGCUGCCUCCCAGAUCUUCUACUCCCUAGGCUGUGCUUGGGGGGGUCUUAUCACCAUGGCUUCCUACAACAAAUUCCACAACAAUUGUUACAGGGAUAGCAUCAUUAUCAGCAUCACGAACUGCGCCACCAGUGUCUAUGCAGGCUUUGUCAUCUUCUCCAUCCUCGGCUUCAUGGCAAACCACUUGGGUGUGGACGUAUCCCGAGUGGCUGACCAUGGCCCAGGCUUGGCCUUUGUAGCCUACCCAGAAGCCCUCACCCUGCUGCCCAUCUCCCCGCUCUGGUCUCUGCUGUUCUUCUUCAUGCUUAUCCUACUGGGAUUGGGCACUCAGUUCUGCCUUCUGGAGACUCUAGUGACCGCAGUUGUGGAUGAAGUGGGGAAUGAAUGGAUCUUGAAGAAGAAAACCUACGUCACUCUGGCUGUGGCCAUCGCUGGCUUCUUGCUCGGGGUGCCCCUGACCAGCCAGGCGGGCAUCUACUGGCUACUGCUGAUGGACAACUACGCUGCCAGCUUCUCAUUGGUCAUCAUUUCCUGCAUCAUGUGUGUGACCAUCAUGUACAUCUAUGGACACCGGAACUACUUCCAGGACAUCCAGAUGAUGCUGGGCUUCCCACCCCCCCUCUUCUUCCAGAUGUGCUGGCGUUUUGUCUCCCCCGUUAUCAUCUUCUUCAUCCUCAUCUUCACGGUGAUCCAGUAUCGACCAAUUACCUACAACCAGUACCAGUACCCAGGUUGGGCAGUGGCCAUCGGCUUCCUCAUGGCUCUAUCCUCGGUCAUCUGCAUUCCCCUCUAUGCCUUGUUCCAGCUCUGCCGUGUCGACGGGGACACUUUUCUGCAGCGUUUGAAAAAUGCCACGACACCGAGCAGAGACUGGGGUCCGGCCCUCCCUGAGCACCGGACGGGUCGCUAUGCCCCUGCUACAGGCAUCUCCCCGGAGGACGGGCUGGAGGUUCAGCCCCUGCACCCAGACAAAGCCCACAACUUGCUCCGGGGCAGCAAUGGCUCUGCCCACCCCCAGGACUCCCGGAUAUAAGCACUGCUGCGGGGGACUGACCCCCUCCAAACCCUUCCCCACCCACCCUCCAGAGACUGCCCCAGGCAGGAGGCAGUGAGCGCCCUGCCCACUGCUGCCAUCACCACCGCUAACCCCUGUGCCCUUUGAGUCUCUCAUCCUGUGUCUCCCCCUGCCCAUUCCCCCAGUGUUUACAUUACAAGUCCCUUUUAUGUGCCAGGACCAGGAGGGGGCAGAGGUCAGGGGCCAGCACUCUCCCUCCACCCUAAAUCUGUCCACACACCAAGGGAUGUGGGACCUAGGCUGAAAAUGGCCGGUGGGAGGGUGGGGUAGGGGUGGCAGUGGGAAAGAAGAGGGUACGCCCCCGAGGAGGCCGAGAUAUUGGGAGCCUUUUGCUGCUUUGGGGUGAACAGGAGCACUUGAGCCCCCUGUCACCUGGGACCCUGGGCUCUAGGCAAGCUCUUGUUCUACGAGAGUUGGGAAGGACCUCAAGAGGCCACUGAGUGUCACCUGGAGACCAGAAUAAGACCUGGAGUGAGAGGGCCACCUUGCCCUUCAGUACCCAGGAAAGGCAAAACCCCAAACCAGGGGCCUGUCUGGCCUUGUGGGACCAGCCUCCUUCAUGCUUUCUGCUGUUCUCUUGAUCCCCACUAGAAAGGGGAGGUGCCCAGCCUAGGCCCUGAGGGCCAGGAGGGCUGUGACUGUCCUGUGCCCAGCAUGCAGCUGGCUGCCACCCUGGGUCUCAGAUGCUGCCAGGCCAGGCCUGGCACACACCCUUCCCAAGGAUGCCAAACUCCGUCCCUGAAGAUGAAAUGUGAUGUCCCAAGCUGGUUUCAGCUGUCUGCCUGCUGAGUUAAGGUAGAGAAAUGGAGGGAAGAAGGCUGGGGGGACACCCACUGUGACUCCCCUGGCCCUGCUGGCCCAUCUCCAGGCAGCGGGUGUCCAGCAGCGUUCCCUGUGUGUCCGGCUGCCGCCCCUCUAGCAAUAGCUCUUGUGUGGUCUGCAGGGGGCACAACAUCUGUGGGCUCCUCUUUGUGUCCAAAAUGUGUGUAUUUGUUGUUGCUACCCCACCCCCAGCUCCAGGCCCAGUGUGUCUUCCAGGCUUGACCCGCCCUCCCUUGGGCCUCUCUGGGGACUGUUCCUUUUCCUGCCCCCCUACCCUACGCCCUGGUCCAGAGCCCCUUGGGGUGUGGGCUGUGGAAAGCUCAGCCCCAGGGGUGCGCGGGAAAGUGUCAAGUGAUGGUGCCAAACGGGCCUGUCUGGGGCUGGAGGGCACUGCUGCCUUGCCCAGCCUGUCCAGCCUACCUGUCUUCCUCGGCCUCACGCUGGCCCCGUCCUCGGUCCCUCUGCUGUGUGUGUCUCCUCUAAUCCCCUGUGGCCAUAAGGGUGGGGCUUAGCCCUGGCCCAACCUGGCUGGUGCACUGCUAGGGUUUAAUGAAAUUUUUAUUCCUGA